CCGAAGUGACGUGUCAACCAUGAGGUCGGGUGACCAGUGGUGGUUCGGAUCCUCCGGAUUCGACUAGGCGGCUAUUCGGAGCAUGGCGCUGGGUGACCAAUCACCCCCGAUUAAAGACGACUUCGGCUUCAUCCCGCUCGAUAACGGCCAUAGCUUUCACAAGCUUCGAUUCUGCUCCAUCGUCCCUCUGACGAUUCAAGCUCUUCCACACCUCAAAUUCUCGAUCCAGGAAAUUGCCUCAGCCGUCCCCAGGCCAAUCGCCACCUCCAUCGCCAACCAAAAUUGUUGAUGCCAUCCCCACACAAGGUCACCGUCGUCACUACAGUGAAGAUCAGAGGGCUUGAAGGCUAGUCUGUUAAUGUACACCCUGCAACUCCAUAUUUUUCUUCUUGUAUGGAUAAAAGAAACAAAAAGAAUGUAAGUACAAUCAAACCAGAUGCACACAUGUUGAGCAUGGAACCCCUGCAAAUGAAGAAGAAGAGUGAUGGUUACAACUUGCGGAAAAGUUUCGCCUGGAAUAAAUCAUUUUUUACCGAUGAAGGCGUACUGGAUCCAAUAGAACUUUCUUUGAUCAGUGGAACAUGUACUGAUACAAGCAGAGGUGGCUUGUGUUCCAUUGAAGAAAGGAGAACCCCACAAUCUUGCAACUCCUGGAAAAAUGUCAGUUCUCCGUCAAAAUCUAUUAAAAAGAAUUUGAGCAAAGAAAUCAAUGCUACAUCUUCAAAAGAAGAUACAGCAAAGUCUUCAUGCAAGGCACUUGCAACUCAGAAUGAUAGAACUAGCUCUACGGGACGUGUUUGUCACAGAUCUUUGUUUUCAACACCAUAUCCUUUAAAAUAUAUACCCCUUCAAUAU